AUGGUAGACUCAAUUUCAAGUAUCACGACGUAUAUCCAAGACGUAGCUAAAGGAAAAGGCCAUAGCAAGUCUUUAAUUCUUGAAGGUCUCAAGAUCAUCCAUAUCGAAAAAGGGAUUUUACGGUGUAAAUUAGUCAUUACGGAUCGAGUUUCGGAUGGAGUUUGGCACGGCAGAGCUAUUGCAUCGGUUAUAGACAUGAUCCGGGCCGCCGUGGUGUACUCCGCCGGGAAUGGACUCCAUGUCUCUCUUGAUUUCAACACUUCUUUCUAUUCCACCGCCAAGAUUCAAGAAGAAGUUGAGAUAGAAGGAAGAGUGGUAGCAAGCAAAAGAGGUUUAAAAGGAGCAGUGGUUGAGAUUAGAAGAGAAGGCAAUGGAGAAGUUAUAGCCACAAAAGAUAACUACCCAAAAUUUGAAGGUCGCCAAACAGCUGAAGAGACGGAAUGUACGGCCUUUUUAUGGGCUAUACAAUCUGCUUGGUCAUUAGGUUAUCGAAAGGUUGAAUUCGAAGGAGAUGACCUCAACAUAAACCGUAUCAUCAAUGGCAACAUCACCAAUUUGAAGCUCCAACAUUACAUAAAUGCCAUCAAGAAUUGGAAACAUAGUUUCUUCUUUCUCAAAGUUUCCUAUAGGAAUCGUACAGCGAAUGAAUGUGCAGAUCGAUUACCGAAGAGUUCUAUAGUUUGUCAUCACUCAUAG